AUGCAGAUUGGCGUUCACUUUAUCUACAACCACGAAGUUCAGGAGAGGUUUCAUGAAACACACCGUGACCCAAAUUUUUAUUUUACUGUGCUUCUGAAUGCCGUGGAAACUAGAUUGGCAACUAUUCCAUACCCGUUCAUUCAGCUCACAUUGGUCGGAACCAGAGCGAUUAACAAAUCCAAUGCAAUAGAAGACCUCCAAAUGGAGAAAGAAAAAAUUUACAAGAGCUUUAUGGAGUAUUUCACACAAAACAGAUUUGAUAUGUGCUGUCCGGACUCCACAUUCUACGUUACAAUAUAA